AUGGAUGUUCUCCACCAUGACCAAGGAUUUAAUGCUCACCGUCCUCAAAUCUGGCGAAACUGCUCAAGAGAUUUGGGACAUCUCAAGAAACUUUUUCAAGACAACAAAGGUAACCGUGCUGCGACUCUUGAACGUCAGUUUGUUAACCUUAAGUUUGUUGAUUGCACUAGUAUUGAUGAUUACUGUGAUAAACUUAAAUCCCUAUCGGAUCGAUUACGUGAUCUUGAUUUUCCUAUGAAUGAUAAACGACUUGUGAUUCAACUCGUCAACGGCCUUCCGGAGGAAUACAACACGGUGGCCUCCUUUAUCCAACAAGCUAUGCCUACAUUCGAUUCCGCUCGCUCACAGCUGCGAACCGAAGAGAUCCGCCGCUCUCAACAGUCCUGUACGUCUUCACCUACAGCACUUGCAGCUACUGCUCGACCACAGAUCGUGGUACUCAGCGCCACAGCGCUCAGGCUCAGCCAAACGCGUGGCAGUCGAUCGUCCUCCUCCACUGCGGCUCCACCACUGCUGCCAACUCCACCACAUCUUUACCAGUUGUAUCGUGCACCACAUCCGGCUUACAACAAUCACUGGACACCACAGUGGGCAACGCCACCUUGUCCGUAUCCCACAGCACCUCCGGAAACAGCAUGGCAGCAACCUUUCGGUCACAGCUCCAACCGAGGCCGUGGACGUGGUGGACAGUCACGCGGUCGACCUUCCAGUAUUGGACGUGGACAGGCAUAUCUCACUCCAUCCACGGAAUACCUUCAUCCCAGUGACAUUGCCGAAGCGUACAGUUCCAUGAGUUUACACUCUCCUGACGACGCUUUAUAUGGAUACCGGUGCCACAUCGCAUCUCACCGCAGACUCAGGUACCCUAAACACUGUUUUUAA